AUGAACCUUGAAGAAUCAUACUCAACCGGAAGGGGUGGUUGUGGAAUGGGCUUGGGUAUACUCAACCAAAAGUGUCACCAUGUCGCUUGGUAUUUGGGAAGGCUUGUCAUCUUCCUGUGGAGCUUGAACAUAGAGCAUUUUGGGCUCAUGGACCUGAAUGAGCUAGAAGAGUUCUGCAACGAGGCUUAUGAAAAUGCUAAAAUCUAUAAGGAGAAGACGAAGGCCUUCCAUGACAAGCGUAUCUUGUGUAAAGACUUUCAACCAAGGGAUAAAGUGCUCUUAUACAAUUCAAGGUUGAAAUUAUUUCCGGGCAAGUUGAAAUCGAGGUGGUCGGGACCUUUCACAGUGGUGGUAUCACUUCCAUAUGGUGCAGUACAGAUACAUAGUGAGAAGACAAGGCAUUUUAAGGUGAAUGGUCAGCGAUUAAAGCACUAUAUUGAGGGCCAAGUAGAGAAGGCAAAACCUGUUGUGAUAUUAAGACCCCUUUGA